AUGUCCGGCCGCGGAAAGCAGGGAGGUAAAGCUCGGGCUAAGGCCAAGUCUCGCUCUUCUCGUGCUGGGCUGCAGUUCCCUGUGGGCCGUGUGCACCGGCUGCUGCGCAAGGGGAACUACGCGGAGCGAGUGGGAGCCGGCGCUCCCGUUUACAUGGCUGCGGUGCUGGAGUACCUCACGGCGGAGAUCUUGGAGCUGGCUGGCAACGCCGCCCGGGACAACAAGAAAACCCGCAUCAUCCCCCGGCACUUGCAGCUG